AUGAUCUUCCGUUUCCUGAGCAGAGAAUCCAACGCCGAAAACGCUCGGGUAUGCCGCAGAUGGUCCGAUAUAGCCCUGGACGCUCUCUGGCGUGUCGUUGACGACCCACCUCGCCUGUUUAUGCUCCUGGCGCCUUUGCGAAAGAGAGCUGAGGAACCACAUGAAUGGGAAUUCGAACGGACACCCGAUACAAACGAUUGGAAGCGAUUUGACAGAUACAGCACACGCGUGCGCCACUUUACAUAUCAAGCCACCCACCAUCCUGUACACCAAUCCCUCUUUGACACCAUGGCCCGUACGAGAACCCGGCUGGACAUACUACCCAACAUGAACACUCUCAGUUGGAACGCGCCCCUUUCAUUGAGCAUUCUGUUCAUGCAUCGGGGGGUGAAGCAUUUUGUUGUGGUCAUCCCCACUGACGUAGAGGUGGCACCUUUCUUCCAGGAUAUUGCCGCUCGGAUGCCGGAUAUCAGCCAUCUGGACUUGCGUUCACGAUUACCCAUGCGCAACAUCGAAGAAGACACGUGUACACUGCUCGCCUGUCUGACCAAGCUCCAAAAGAUCACCUUUCCUCGCUUCUACUUCACAACCCGGGUGGCAGAGUCUCUAUCGCGAUUAGACGCCCUAGGGGUAGUUGAGUUCCAGUACCACGACGAACAAGGGGUUGGGUCUCCAGAAGACGUCGCAGAUUUCUGUCCUACACUGACUGAGGGUGCGUUCCCGGCGCUCUGGGACUUUUCCCUUAAUGUCGACUUUGAAGAUGCUGCGCUGUUUGUCACCGCGGAGUACGCCCCCGGUAAUCUCACGAUGCUGUACAUUGACUCUGAGGAAAUCGAGUCUCCGGCGGACGUGCAAGCGCUCAUCAAUGCCGUCGCUGACCAUUGUCCCCACCUCAAGCUCCUUGCCCUAGUUUCCCAACGUAACGCACGUGCCCAAUCGCCGCCACCUUCGGAGGACAAGUACAUCGACUAUGAUACGCUCAAGCCUCUUCUCAGAUGCGCGAAUCUGACGUCCUUGGAGAUUGUGCACCAGUAUCCGCUCUCUUUAAAACAACAGGACCUGGAACGACUCGCAGUGGCAUGGCGCAGCUUGGAAAAGCUUACACUCAACAACGAACCUGUGCACAUGACCCAAUCCAACCUCACGCUCCACGCCCUGCUCCCUUUCGCGGAACAUUGUCGCCAUCUGACACACUUGGGCCUCUUCAUCGACGCUUCACAUGACAUCCCUUCGUUCCCCUUCCCCGUCCAUAGCACCUCCCUCUCCUUCAACACAAGCAAAACAGUCACAGGCUACACCCCCUUCCACUCCCUCCGCCGUCUCUCCAUGGGUGUAUCCAUCAUAGAGGCUCUUCCCGAACCUACGGCACCCGUCGCGCUGUUCCUCUCCCAACUCCUCCCUCUGCAUUGUAAACUCGACUGCGGGAUCACGUGGAAUGAGGACCCAGCGACCGAGGUAGACCCCAACGCCGUGGAAGGCGGUGUGGUGGUGGACGUGGGUAUUGCAGAGAUGAUUGGGGAGAGGUGUGAAGCGUGGGGAGAGGUAGCUGGUGCGUUGCCGAUGUUGACGCAGUUGAGGAUGGAGGAGAGGGGGAGGGUAGGGGCGUUGGAGAGGGAGGUGGAGGAUUUGAGGAUGAGGGUGGGUGUUGUGGAGGGGCGGGGGAAGGUUGGGGUUCAUGUGGAUGAUGGUACUUGGAAUGGCAAAAGCAAGUGCAAACACCACAAUGAUGCCGAUUCAUUCGGACCUCCUCGAGCUCCUCAAAACAACCUCGAAAUCAGCACCAUGCUCCGACUUCGAUAUCGACGUCGCGCUCCAUCCUUUCUCGGGACAACAAUGGACGGGUAUUAG